AUGACCAAAGCUGGUUACGCGUUCAGCACCAUCACCAAGUAUUGCUCUCAGGUGAGAAACGCAGCCAGACUCAACAAUACCCUGAGACUGAACGACGCUGACCAAGCCACUAUUCAAUUGGCUAUGCGUUCCGCCGAAAGGCAACUCGGUUCGGCGACAGCGAGGGCCCUGACCUUGUCUAAGGAGCAAGUCCUCCAAGUGGCCACCGAACUCGACCGGGUCAGAGUGGACUUCGCGGACGGUUUCCUCGUGGGUACCAUGGGUUUGCUGCGUGUCGCCGAGAUGUUGUAUAUUCGAGCCCAAGACGUCGACCCCUUCGCCACUACGGCUGACGGCAUACCAGUCUGUGGAGCAACCCUGAAGAUCACCCGAUCCAAGUGCGACCAAGGUGCCAAAGGAGUUUGGAGGCCUCUACCGUGCACGUCUUCACCUAGGGUCAACCUCCCUACUGUGUGUUCCUCGAGGUUUUGUGCUGCCCAUCUGUUAUUGAGGCGAGCCGCUGCCGCAAACAACAUGACCGAUCGUUUGUUCCCGUUCUCGAACUCCGCUUUCAGUGCGCAUUUAAGGUCCGCUAUGGCCACUGUGAUCGGCCAACCCAACGAGAGCGUACGCUUAUCUUCCCACACAAUGCGUCGCUCCGGCUCCGCGAUAUGCUGCGACGCCCCAAAUUUUUCAGUGCCCCUAGUCGCCGAGUUCGGCAGAUGGUCCACCGCUGACACCCUCCAGAACGUGUACCUUCGGGACAAUGCUCACGCGUUCAACCGGUUCGUGUCGGGCCUCCUCGUUGCUUGGGGUUCAUAA